CCAAAUUCUUCUCUUGUUUAGUACAAAUUAUAAUUUACUUUGUAACCUCGUUAUCCAAAUGUCAGCACUCCAUAUCUAUCCUCACGAUCCUUCUUCUUCUUCUUCUUCUUCGUUCAGCGAUCUAUCCGAUGAAGCUUUCUUCAGCACCGGUGGUUUGUUUCUCGAGCCACCAGGUGUUUCCUCUUCCUUCUUCAACUCGAUCUCCUCCAAAUGCUCCGACUCAGAGCCCCUUCAUUUUCCCGGUUACUGGAAAAACAAAACCCAUCUCCGUUCCGGUAAGAACUCGAUGUUCUUGUCCGUGAGCUUGAGCAAAGACAGAUCUGAGCAGCAAUGUAAGAAUGCUUUGGUGGAAAUUCCCGGCAAGGAUAAUGGAAAGCGAAAUGUUAUCGGUGGAGUGAGGAGACGCGGGACCAUGAACACAAGGAAGCAUCUCUGGGCUGGUGCUGUAGCUGCCAUGGUUUCAAAAACAUUCUUAGCACCACUUGAGAGACUAAAGCUUGAAUAUACAGUUCGUGGUGAGCAAAGGAAUUUGUUUGUGGUGGCUAAGUCAAUUGCGAACACGCAGGGUUUGACAGGAUUCUGGAAAGGUAAUUUGCUCAAUGUUCUCCGAACCGCUCCUUUCAAAGCCGUCAAUUUUUGUGCCUACGAUACGUAUAGAAAGCAAUUGCUUAGAAUCGCUGGGAAUCAAGAAGCCACCAACUUUGAAAGAUUCGUUGCCGGAGCUGCUGCUGGGAUUACUGCUACUGUACUCUGCUUGCCACUUGACACUAUACGAACCAAACUAGUUGCUCGAGGUGGAGAAACCUUGGGCGGAAUCGCAGGAGCUUUCCGGUAUAUGAUCCAAAACGAAGGGUUGUUUUCACUCUACAAGGGUCUAGUCCCUUCCAUAGCAAGCAUGGCUUUGUCAGGUGCAGUUUUCUAUGGCGUUUACGACAUCCUUAAAUCAUCCUAUCUGCAUACACCAGAAGGCCUGAAAAGACUGAGAGACAUGAAGCAGCAGGGACAAGAAAUCAAUGCUCUAGACCGGCUUGAGUUAGGACCCAUCAGAACUCUCAUGUAUGGUGUUAUUGCUGGUGCCUGUACUGAAGUAGCCACUUAUCCGUUCGAAGUAGUGAGACGGCAGCUUCAGAUGCAGAUGGGUAAAAACAAGCUCAAUGCUUUAGCUAUGGGAUUCAAUAUCAUUGAGAGAGGAGGGAUCCCAGCUUUAUACGCUGGACUUUUACCUAGCUUGCUUCAGGUAUUGCCUUCGGCUUCAAUAAGUUACUUUGUCUACGAGUGUAUGAAGAUAGUACUUAAAGUAGAAUGACAAGUUGUCAAGAUUAAGAUUUUGGGAAGUGUUCUAAAAUAGCUUAAAAGAAUCACCCAUCAUAACACGUAAUGAAAGAUGAAUCGGUCUAAUAUAACACAAUGCUUAAUUUAAA